AAUCAUCAGUCAUCAGUCAUCAGUACAUACUUAUAUUAUAUUGAUAUUGUAUAAAUAUAUUGCUUUCUGUAGAAUGUUUCAUUGAAAAUAAAAAGUUUUUUAUAUUUUUACACAAAAAAAAAUAUCUAAAUAUGGCACACAUAAGUAUCAUAUAUACCAUGCCGUUUAUGAUAUUAUUUGUUGGAAUUAUUUAUGGUUUUGCGAUUAAUUCUGAAAAUAAAUUAGAAGAAAAUUUUAUCAUUCCACAUUAUACACAUUAUGAAGAACUUCAACAGUUAUUUAAUUCAUUGGUUCAAAAAUAUCCAAAUUUGGCAAAAGUAUUCUCCAUAGGAAAAUCAGUGGAAGGUAGAAAUUUGUUAGUUCUUGAAAUUUCUGAGAAUGUUAAAGAACGAAAAUUGUGUGAACCAAUGGUGAAAUAUGUUGCUAAUAUGCAUGGUGAUGAAGCUGUUGGUAGAGAAUUAUUAGUAUAUCUUGCCCAAUAUUUUCUACAUAAUUAUGGAAAGGAUGAAAGAAUUACAAAGUUGAUCAAUAAUACUGAUAUAUAUCUUAUGCCAUCAAUGAAUCCUGAUGGAUUUGAAAAAUCAGAGGAAGGAAAAUGUGAAUCCAAAAAAGACUUUUCAGGUCGUGAAAAUGCAAAUCAUGUUGAUUUAAAUAGAAAUUUUCCAGAUCAAUUUGAUAGAAGAACUAAUCAUCUCCAAAAAGGUGGUAAUAUAUUAGAUGGACGUCAAAAUGAAACAGUAGCUAUGAUGACUUGGAUUGCUACAGAACCAUUUGUAUUAUCAGGAAAUCUUCAUGGAGGUGCUGUUGUAGCAAGCUAUCCUUAUGAUUCUGGUAGUUUAACUAGUUGCUGUACUGAAAGUAAAAGUCCAGAUGAUGAAUUAUUUAAAUAUUUAGCACAUACAUAUGCAGAUAACCAUCCUCAAAUGCGUACAGGUCAUGCAUGUGAGUCAGAUGUCUUUCAAGGUGGUGUCAUCAAUGGAGCAUAUUGGUAUGAAGUUAUUGGAGGAAUGCAAGAUUUUAAUUAUGCUCGUUCUAAUGCAUUUGAAAUAACAUUUGAACUUAGUUGUUGUAAAUAUCCAAAUGCUUCAGAAAUGCCAGAAUAUUGGAAAUUAAAUAAGGAAUCUCUUAUAACAUAUUUUGAACAAGCUCAUAUUGGAAUAAAAGGUCUUGUAAGAGAUAUAGAUGGUCAACCAAUAGAAGGAGCAACUAUUAUUGUACAUGGAAUAAACCAUAAUGUUUCAAGUACAAAUCAUGGAGAAUAUUGGCGAUUAUUAUUACCUGGAAGUUAUUAUAUUCAUGCAGAAGCAUGGGGAUAUCAUUCAAGUGAACCAAUAAAUGUUAUAGUAAAUUCAGGUGAACCAACUAUUGUCAAUUUCACUUUAAAACAGGACAAUUAUGAUCAAGGGAAAUUAAAGUCAGACAAAGUUGAGGAAAUUAUCAAAUCUGUUGAUAAAUAUGGUUUUCUCCAUAAUACGGAAUUCAAGCAUCAUAAUUACAUAGCAAUGGAAAAGUAUUUGAAAGAAUUAAAUUUAAAUUAUCCAAAUAUUACAAGACUCUAUAGUAUUGGACAAUCUAUAAAAAAACGACAAUUAUAUGUUAUGGAAAUAACAGAAAAUCCUGGAAAACAUAGUAAAAAUAAACCUGAAAUAAAAUAUAUAGGAAAUAUGCAUGGUAAUGAAGUUGUUGGUAGAGAAAUUUUAUUAUUGUUGUUAAAAUAUCUUUGUGAAAAUUUUGGAAAUGACAAAAGAGUUACAAAAAUAUUAAAAAAUGUAAGAUUACAUGUAAUGCCAAGUAUGAAUCCAGAUGGCUAUGAAAUUUCUAAAGAAGGAGAUGUAGAUGGUAUACAAGGAAGGACAAAUGCUAAAGGAGUUGAUCUCAACAGAAAUUUUCCUGAUCAAUACGAAACCAAUAAUUAUAAUAAAAAACAAGAAACAGAAACAAAAGCUGUAAUGAAUUGGAUUGCAAGUAUUCCAUUUGUACUUUCUGCUAAUUUUCAUGGAGGAGCAUUAGUAGCAAAUUAUCCAUAUGAUAAUAAACCAGAAUAUGCAGCUAAUGGAGAAAAUCCUAGUCCAGAUGAUAAAGUUUUUAAAGCUUUAGCAUUAGCAUAUUCAAAUGCUCAUCCUCGUAUGCAUCUUGGAGAACCAUGUCCUUCAUUUUCGAAUGGACGAUUAAAUACAGAAUCAAAUGUGCUAGAAAAAAGUUUUCCAAAUGGUAUAACUAAUGGUGCUGCUUGGUAUUCUGUUAAUGGAGGCAUGCAAGAUUAUAAUUAUGUUCAUAGUAAUGAUUUUGAAAUUACAAUAGAAGUAGGAUGUACAAAAUUUCCAAAUGUAACUGAACUACCAAACUAUUGGUUACAAAAUAGAGAACCUCUUCUACGUCUUAUUGAAAUGUCUCGUAAAGGAAUACAUGGUGUAAUACGUUCAUCAAUUGGAAAUCCUAUACCUCAUGCUAAAAUAUCUAUAGAAGGAAUUAAACAUGAUAUUUAUGCAGCUAAUGAUGGAGAUUAUUGGCGCCUUUUGGUUCCAGGAAAAUACAAUGUUACAGUUAAUGCAGUAGGAUAUGAAUCUCAAAUGCAAACUGUAACAAUAUCAAAUGGAAUUAAUUUUGGAGAAGGAGAAGUGACAUUGGAUUUCACAUUAAUGCGAGAUGAUCCUGAACAUUGGUCAUCUGCUUAUGAUUUUCGAUUAAUGGCAAAUUUACAGAACGUAUAUUUAAAAAAUGCAGAAUUAAGUGCUAGAUUUAGUCAAUUAGAAAGUCAUCAACCAAAUAUUGCAGAAUUUCUAGCAGGAGAAUCAUUAAUUAAUAUGGCUAUUCAUUCUUUAAAAGUUACAAAUAAUAUAGGUGCACCAGAAGAAAAUAAAUUUCAUAUUGGUUUAAUUGGAGGAUUAUUUGCAUCUCAACCAAUAGGAAGAGAAAUUCUAUUACGAUUAGCAACUCAUAUUUUGAUGGGAAAUCAAAUUGGAGAUCCUCCUAUAGAAAGAAUAUUGAAUAACUCUGUAUUACAUUUUAUACCUGGGAUAGAUCCUGGUUUUGAUAAUAUAUUUAAUAUGCAAGAUUGUAAUCCAAUUUUAUAUGAUGAAGUAGGAAAAAAAUUAUUACAGCAAAAUAUUGUUAAUUCGAAUAAAUUAAAUAAAAUCACUAAUGCAUUUAAAACAAUGUUACUUAAUGAAGGAUAUGAUGUGAUAAUAAUAUUAGGAAGUGGAGCACUUGAAGUUAGUUAUACAGAUGAUAAUUUGAAUGUAUAUGAAAAUCUAGCCAAAAAUUAUGAACAUUCAUUACGGAAAGGAACUUGUAAUUUUCUUAAUAAUGAUAUUAAGGAAGUACAAAAUUAUAUUAAAAAUGAAUAUAAUAUACCAGUAAUAAGUAUCAAUAUGGAUUGUUGUAAGUAUCCACAUCCAGGAUCUAUUCCAAUUAUUUGGCGCGAAAAUUUAUUACCUUUAAAGAAACUUAUUCAUGGACUUACAACUGGUAUUCGUGCAAUAGUAACAGACAUUAAUGAUGUUCCUUUAAGAAAAGCUACAGUUAAGAUUGGAACUAAUAAUUAUCAUGUUUCUAAAAACAUGGCUUAUUUCAAGAUUAUUGUUCUUCCUGGUGAAUAUAUUUUAACAUUUUUCUGUGAAGGUUACAUUAAACAAACUAUAAAAAUUCAUGUAAAUUAUGAAAGUAUAACUAAUCUUUAUAUUAAAUUGAUAAAACAUCAUAUUAAAAAAGUAGAACAUCAAAAAUAUGAUGAAGAUCAAGAAACAAAUAUUGUAAAUCAAGUUUUGAUUGAUUUGAAUAAUAAAUAUUCACAAUUAUCAAUUUUACAUACUAUUGGUAAAUCACAAAUAGGUACUCGAAUAAUGUGUUUAGAAAUUGGAAAUGAAAAUAAUAAACAGAUUGAUCGGCCAUCUAUAGCUUUUGUAGCAGGUAUUUCAAAUGGUGCAGCUGUAACAUCUAAAAUUUUACUUUAUUUUGCAAAGUAUUUACUAGAUCAUUAUCAAAAAGAUAUUAGAAUAACUAAUUAUUUAGAUCAAUUUACGAUAUAUAUCGCACCGGAUUUAUCCCAAAAUUCUAAUGACAAUCAAACUUGUACAUCAAGUAUAAUGAAUAACUUACAAUUUCCUAUUAAUAAUGAAUUAACUACUGAUGCAAGUAUGAUAAUUAAUUGGUUUAAAAAUAUUAAUGCUGUAUUAGCAAUAAAUUUGAACAUUGGUUCACAACAUAUUGAAAUUCCAUUUGCGGGAAAGUAUGGAAAAAUACAUGAACAAAUAUAUAAUACAGAUGACGAUGAUAUAUUACAAGAUUUAGCAUUAUUAUAUACAAAAUACAAUAUUCAUAUGACAUCUAAAGAUUCGCAAUGUAAUAAUAAUUUAAAUAUAAAUACUAAUGGGAUUAUUCAUGGUGGGAUAGGGAUAAGUGGAAAAAGAGAACAUUCAUUAAUGGAUUAUCUUUAUUUAAAUACAAGUACUCUGAUGUUAAAUAUAUAUGUAACAUGUUGUAACACAGAUGAUUCAAAAAAUAUAUGGGAAGAUAAUAAAUCUAGUUUAUUAGCAAUGAUAGAAAAACUUAAUGAAGGAAUAAAAGGAUAUGUUCUUGAUGAAAACAAUCAUCCAAUUGAAAAUGCUAUUUUAUCAUAUAAUCAAUCAAUACAUCACAUCAAAAGUGGUAUACAUGGAGCUUAUUGGCUUUUGUUUCAACCUGGUACUCAUGUUAUAAGUGCCACUGCAUCUAAAUACAUUCAGCAGACUAAAGUGUUUAUCACACCAGAUAUACAUAAUAUUUCGUAUUUAAUAUUCAAAUUAAAAUAUGACAACAAUUAUUUGGGAAUGCCCAGAAUUGUUUUUAUUAUACUUUUAAGUAUUCUAUGUUUGGGAAUUAUUAUAUGUUCUAUUUUUAUUUGUAUCAACUGUCAAUCUUCCAAAAAUUUAGAAAAAAAUAAUUGGCGUCAAUAUUCAUUUAGUUUACUAAAAGAUGGUACAAGUUUUUUUGAUGAUGAUGAAAAAGAAAUUGAAAUAUUUAAAAGACCAUUAAAUGGACAUACACAAAUUAAAGAAAUUACAAAACCAUAUUUUGAUGAUGAUAAUAUGUCAAGUUCUGAAGAUAGUGAUUUAGAAUUUGUUAGACCAAGUAAAGAGUGGGAAGAAGAACCAACUAAAGAACAUAGAUAAUAUAUAUUAUAUAUAUAUAUUAUAUAACAUAAAUAUAAAAAGAAAGAUAUUUUUUUAUAUAAUAUUUAAAUUAUACAUAAAAAUAUAAAAAUUAAAGAAAAAAUUAC